AUGUGGUUCAGCACAGUGUCAUCUGCUAGCAAGCGGGCCAGCAAUGCUACAUGGGAACAAGGCCGUUCAGAGCAGCCAAAGACGCAGAAGAACAUUUUGGAUCCUACAAUAUCUGCACCACAAUCUGCACCACCAAAAAUAGCGUCAUCGCCUCAGGAGUCUCAGCUCAGACUCUUGGAGGCCCUUGUUAAGGAGAUCAAGACGCCUGUGACUGAGCACAACCCCCCCGAGCGCCGGGGUUCACAAUCUUCUACGUGCUCCAACCGUACUAUUCGAGCUCCCCCUGAGGGCUUGAAUCGUUCUACUACGUCUUUACAGGAGCUCUUGGAUAAACACAGCAAUACGACGCAGAUGCAGUCUACUUCCUCUGGUAUCGAAAAGCAAUCAGGCUCUGGAUUGGGCGAGUCGUCUCUUGAUAACGAGUCUCAGCAGCCAUGCCAGUCCAAAGGAAAACAAAAGGCAAUUGACAUUUCUUCGCCACUAUCAGAUUCUCAUAUAUUACCUCCAAACUCGGUCACCUUUUCUACUUUACCCAAAUUGCCAAACUUGCCGCCGCCGCCGCCCGCCCCACCUGCACCGACUGUUCGAAGCGACCCUGUGCCCCAACCGAUCACACAAAAUCAACAAUUCCCGCCAGAAGCCAUGGCCUCUAUUAUGCCAUGGUUUUCUACAGGCUUCUCACAUGUGACUUCAACGCUGGAAGGCCACCAGUCAGCCAUUGCGAAGAGGAUUGAAGACGACAUUAAGGAAAUCCGUCAGAUUUGCAUGCGGACCCAGGAACAACAGAGGAAUUUAUCCUGCGAGCAUUAUGCAAAGUCAAAGGUUAAAAGAAAGAAGCGCGCUGGUUUUGUUCCUGAUCCUAAGGACGAUUGCAUAGAUGCUCCCACUGAUCAUAGCAAGGUAACUUAUAAUGCUUUCAAGGCAUGUAUCCGUCAGCAUGCACAUCAUCUUCUGAAAGUCAGCGAUUAUAGACUGUUGACUUCGAGUAACUGUAGCAUCACUGAAGAUGAGAACUUUGCGUACAUCUCAAAUACUCCCGGCCGCAUCCAGAUUACUGCAGACAACUUUCAUCUUGAUCUUAUGCGCUAUCGAAGCACCAAAUUCAACAUCGAUGCCAUCCUUGUAUUUGCCCUCGACUUCAUCGAGAAAACUACCAAAUUUGGUUGGUACAGCGAUUCUAAAAUUCCGGAACGAUACUUUACUCGAAAAGCCGUGAAAGAUGCAUUCUGUUCGCAUUUCAAAACCAUCCGAGACUAUUAUAAGGAUAUAGAGAAGAUUAAAAACGGAAUGUCCACGGAGGAGCUCAAAGAUAAGAAGCAGUUGGAGCUAAAGAAAAAGCGAUUGAAAGCUUGUGCACUUGAUGGUGGCCCAUUUACACCGCAUAUGGCUCUCUUACAGGCAGGAAGCAGGGAGCGCAGGGUGUAG